AGAGCUGGAGAACCCGAGAGAAGGUGCGAUCCGCUGGGACUGAGGAGGCAUAAAGAGACGGGGAGGAGGGGAUGAGAUUUCUUGCUACCCAAUCCCCCUUUUCCCCAGGGAGAACUAGCCUUCCCUGGUUCAUCCCUGCCUCUUGUUUGGUAAUCAUUUCAUUUUACUCCUUUUUGAAGCGGUCGCUUGUUUUACCCCACUUUUCAUUUCUCAAUCCCGUGCGCGUAUGUUCUCUCUCUUCUUCUAAACCAAUUCAGUCACUCCCUUUUUCCCUGAACCGAAAAGGUGUCCAAGACCCUGGCUGAUCAUCCUCCUUUGAGAUGCUUUACGGUUCUAACGCUUUCCUUUCACUCCCCCUCUUUUAACUUGAGACCAUUUAAUCUUGAAACCACUGAACUUGGUUUUGGAUCUAACUUCAGGAGAAAACUCUAAGGGAUACAGAGUCCUUCUUUGGAUAAGAACCUCUAUCGCUUCCCUCGCUGCGUUUUGGAAGGAGAUUUUCACCCCGUUUCAGCUGGUUUUUGCUCGUUAAUCCAGGUGCCCUUGUUUUGUGCUCGAAGGAGGAUUAUUUAGUUUGAACUGGUGUUAGGGAAAAGACACAAAAGGCGAUUUUCAUGUUCUCCAUCCAAGACAGUCUCCCGCGGGGAGCUUUGACCAUGAAAGAAGAACCCCUUACCAGCGGCAUGACACCGGUCCGCUCGUGGAUGCAGAGCGCGGGGAUUCUGGACGCGAACACCGCAGCUCAAAGUGGAGUGGGUUUGGCCCGGGCCCACUACGAGAAGCAGCCGCCCUCGAACCUUCGCAAGUCCAACUUCUUCCACUUUGUCCUGGCGCUGUACGACCGGCAGGGCCAGCCUGUGGAGAUCGAGAGGACCUCCUAUGUGGACUUUGUGGAGAAGGACAAAGAGUAUAACGGGGAGAAGACCAACAACGGGAUUCACUAUCGGCUACAGCUGCUCUACAGCAAUGGCAUCCGGACGGAGCAGGACCUGUACGUUCGGCUAAUCGACUCCAUGACCAAGCAGGCAAUCAUAUAUGAGGGCCAAGACAAAAACCCAGAGAUGUGCCGUGUUCUGCUCACCCACGAGAUCAUGUGCAGUCGGUGUUGUGACAAGAAAAGCUGUGGGAACCGGAACGAGACCCCGUCUGAUCCGGUGAUCAUCGACAGAUUCUUCCUGAAAUUCUUCCUCAAGUGCAAUCAGAAUUGUUUGAAAAAUGCUGGGAAUCCGCGAGACAUGCGGAGGUUUCAGGUGGUGGUGUCCACAACGCUCAACGUGGACGGUCACGUCCUCGCGGUUUCCGACAACAUGUUUGUCCACAACAACUCCAAACACGGCAGGAGGGCCCGGCGCCUGGACCCCUCCGAAGCAGCUACGCCCUGCAUCAAAGCCAUCAGCCCCAGCGAGGGCUGGACGACCGGCGGCGCCACCGUCAUCAUCAUCGGCGACAAUUUCUUCGACGGGCUGCAGGUGGUGUUCGGCACCAUGCUGGUGUGGAGCGAGCUCAUCACCCCUCAUGCCAUCCGAGUCCAGACUCCCCCGCGACACAUCCCCGGCGUGGUGGAGGUCACGCUCUCCUACAAGUCCAAGCAGUUCUGUAAAGGGGCGCCAGGACGGUUCAUCUACACAGCCCUGAAUGAGCCUACCAUCGACUACGGCUUCCAGAGACUACAGAAGGUCAUCCCCAGGCAUCCAGGGGACCCCGAAAGACUACCCAAGGAGGUGCUGCUGAAGAGGGCAGCAGAUUUGGUGGAAGCUCUGUACGGGAUGCCCCACAACAACCAGGAAAUCAUACUGAAGCGGGCAGCCGACCUGACAGAGGCCCUCUACAGCGCCCCCCGCAGUCACAACCAGCUGCCCUCCCUCACAGGCUCCGCCCACUCCAUGAUGGGGGUCAACUCCUUCGGCAGCCAGCUGGCCGUCAACAUCUCAGAGGCCUCGCAAGGUGCUGACCAGGGCUACUCCCGUAACUCCAACAGCGUGUCUCCCCGCGGCUACGCCCCCAGCUCCACGCCCCAGCAGUCCAACUACAACACCAUCACCUCCACCAUGAACGGCUACGGGGCCGGGAUGACCAAUCUCGGGGUGCCCGGGUCACCCAGCUUCCUCAACGGCUCGGCCGCCAACUCCCCCUACGCAAUCAUCCCCUCCAGCCCUCCGCUGGGGGCCUCCACCAUCACUCUCUCCUCCAGCGCUAACUCCUCCUCUUCCUCCUCCAUCACCAACGCUGGCAUGUUCUCAUUUUCUCCUGUCAAUAUGAUCUCUACAGUCAAACAGAAGAGCGCCUUCGCCCCCGUCGUGCGGCCACAGACCUCCCCGCCCCCUACCUGCACCAGCACCAAUGGGAGCAGCCUACAGGACUUUCUAGUGAUUGAUUGCUCAAAAUACCACCAACAUCUCCAUGCGAAGCAUCCACACAACAUCCACAUUUCAUCAGCAAUUCAAAAGUGAAGUGAAGAAUCCUAUGCAGAGCCAUGGCUGGUCUCAUAGUCCCCCCUAUGUGAAUGAUGGCUUCUUCCCUGCCCCCGCCACAUUCUUCCAGAAGAUGGACUACGGCUUCCGAGGCUCAGAAGCCCCCAGACAAUAACUUCUCAGAGGUCCUCGUUCCUGUGGAGGAAACGUGGUGUCUCUGUGUUCCUGGAAUGCAGUAGGGUGACCCCCCACCCCCACCCCCACCCCCAAACACACAUGUACAUGUUCUGGCAGUGACAUUCCAUGUUUUCCAUGUCGGUGUUGUCUGCAUUCACUCCCCUGUCCGUUUUUAGCAGUUUGAUUCAGAGUAAAAUAAUUGUGACCGCCCAGGCCUACUAAAAAAAAAAUGCCAUUCACACAAAGAUAUUUACAACCACUACUCCAAGGUGGAAUCAUGGGAAAUUAACCGACAGGUGUGAUGUUAUUGGAAGAACCCAUAAAAAUUCCUCUUGCUCAAAAGGAGCAGAGUUGCUUGUGGUUAAUAAAUGAAAGGACUUUUUACAAGGUUUUUUAUACCAGCUAUUCAGUGUUUUCCAUUUUGUGAUUCAGUGUGACUUGUCUUUUUUCUUUGUUAAACAAAGAAAGUCAACAGAUUUGAAAUUCACAGACUCGGGCAAGACAUUUGAAACUGCAGUGCCGCAAAUGAAAAGUUUGAGAUCCUCCAGGGUUUCGUGUAGAUGACGCCAGUGAUAUCAAUAAUAUAUAUCGCCCCAACCCAAUGAAAUUCUAGCAGUUCCCUCAAUGCUUGGCCACUUAAUAAUAACUAAGCCAUUAAAUGUAAAAUAGGUGCCCGACAAGCCCCAGAGAAUGGAUGGAUGUACUGUACCAUUCCUCCUGCCAGUCUCCACCUAUUCUGUCACAGUUCAAUCCAUCGUCUAGGAAGUAUAUGGAGAACACACCGAUCCUAAUCCCUAUCUGGCAGUCUAGGCUGAAUCCACUGUCAGACUCGGGAUGAGGAAUGGUGACUAUGGUAACGUGAUACAUGAAAUCACAGAUCAGGUCAGAUACACAUAAAUCCAGAAACAGCUUCAUCAGUCCGAAUGAGUGAAAUCUAAGCCUGGUCUAAUCUCUGAGGGACGUAGGCACCUCUGGGAGCUGAGGCAACCUCAUACGAAAAAGUUAUGUUAAUAUAUAUGUUAAAAAUAUUUAAAGAAAUAAAUAAAAAUAAGGAAUACGUAUUUAAUAAAUGUCAGAAUCCACAUAAUAUAUUGAAAAUAUAUAAGUUGUUGACACUUUAAUGUUACAUGAUUGCAUGCAUAUGCCGGAGCAUGCAUUGUAAAAUGACAAAAGACAAUAUUUGCAUAAAUCACAUAUAUUAGAAGUGGCAGUGAAUUAUAUAUUUUCUGUAUAUGGCAUUUUGACAUAUAUGUACAUGUAAUUUUGACUUUUAUUUUUCUAGUUUAACAUAUUAAAGCAUACUUUUUCAUAGGAGCAUAGCAGAUAGGAAACCAAGUCACAUGCCUACACAGAAGUGUGUUUGCCAACAUUUCUUCAUGGACUUCAUGUUCCAGUUCCUCUGAACAAAAAUGAUAAUACUAAUGUUUGCCUUUGUCUGUGUUGGGCCAAUAGAUUAGGGAAAUGAAACAUGUUCAGAUUAGUUUACCAUAUUUGGCCAUUGGUAGGGGAAACACAAGGUUUGCUGAAGUUUAACCACAUUUAGGUACCAGAUUUAAUACCAUCCUCUUAUUGUGCUUUUUGUAUUUUGUAUGUUCUGACUUUUUAUUUUUUAUGUUUGGUUUGUUUUUGGUGAUAUAGGCCUGGGUAAUAGUGAGGAAAAAAUAUAUAAACAUAUUUGAUGUCUUCAUACUUUUUAGAUACUGUACAAAAAUAAAAAGUCCUAUGAGAAGAAAAAAAACACUUUUGUAACAGUUAAAAGAUAGAAUUGGUAAAAUCACCCUGUUUUUCAAAGCAGGACAGUUCCUCCACUUUUGUAUAAAAUGCAUUCCUAUAUCUUUUUUUGUAUACAAUUUUCCCCCUUACCUUUCCCUUGUCCUCUGUGUAUAAUUGUGAAGGGUGUAUAAUCAUAGUUAUUUGCUAAUGCACUAUAUUAGUUGGAACACCUAUGAGAGCGUUGCAUCUUAGCACGCAAAAAAAAGAAAUAAAUAAAAAUUUUAAAAAUGUUGUACAGUUACAAUAUAAACAAAUAUUUCCAUCUUUCAUUUGAAAGUACUUUACCUUUCAUGUGUAAAUUUUCCAGAGUACAUUUCUAAAAUGAAAAUCAUCAAUCAUUCCUCUAUCUCAUUUGAAGUUAUUUUAAAUGCACCCAUGUUCUUGCCCUGUGCUAAUUGGUGAAUGAUGUUGUAUUUUACUCACAAGACAUGCCAAUAUCUCUGCCUUUUGAUCAAUGACAAGCAGUGUAAUGCACCUGCCUAUAGUAAGCAUAGUUCCAGUACUGUAUGUUUCGUUCAUGCACAGUCAUCAGAUGGAGACUCAUGGGAAAUGUAGUGUCCCCUCUAACCAGCAGAAAUGUUCAUCAAUGUUAUUGUUAUUGUUUUCAUUGUCAGUGCACAUAAAUGUCUCGUUUAGUUAUGCAAUUUGUAUUACUGUAAUGCAAUUGAUGUUUACGCCACACACUUUUGCAGAGUACUUGUAAAAUAAAAAACAAAAUGUAUAUAAAUUGAUGCCUUACAGGACACCAUAUGUACAUGCUGCAUUUCUAUGAUUCAUACUCAUUCUUUAAAAUGCAAUUAGAAACAAUGAAAACAGCCAAGGUUGAAGUUUGAGGAACAAAAGGAAAUGAUGCUCUUUUUUUAAAGAAAUGUUCAUCCACGCUGCUGUCAGGAGUUAUUUUGGAUUCCAUUCCAAGAAAAAAAUGGAAUUCAAAAUUCCAUGUACACAGGGCAUAUAGUCUUACAUCUGAGCUUGUUGAUUCAAAAAUGGAUGAUAGACAUUAGCUAGGACCAAAUCUGCUGGGAUGUGAGAAUGGCUGAACAUGGAAAAGAGAAAACCAGAGAGAGAGAUAGAGUGUGUAUGUUGUGCAUGAGUGUACAUGAAUAUGGAUUUGAAUGUGUAUGUGCUCCUUUUGGUGUGCAUGCAUGGACAUGUGGAUUAUACAUUAAGACAUACAUGCAUUACAGUCAAAUGCAUUAAAUGAUGUAUUUCGCAUUUAUAAUAUAGUGCUAGUGUAUAUGUGAAUGGAAGGGACACUAUAUGUACUGGCUGUACUGAAAAUUACACCUAAUCCAUUUACGAAUAUGUCAGGGAAUGGCAAGCAAUGGAAUCAAAAUGAUUCCACAGCAGCAAGAUUUACAUGUUAAUUUAUGUAUUUGGUCAUUGAAAUGAGUCAGCAGUUUGGUCAUAACGACAAAGUUUUCUUCAGUAUUGCCAUAGUCCAUAGAAUCAGUUACUAUGGAAUGGUCAUCCUGGAAACUUGAUAAGGCUGAGAAAAUUUAUAUUACAAAAAGAAACCGGUAAGGAAGUAAGGCUAUAAUUUAAUUAUAAGCAUUAAAAUCAACAGUAAAAUCUUAUAUAAAUUGGGAUGUGUGCACCGUGUAACAGAUAUGUACAAAUUGUGAUCUAAAACCAAAAAUGAACUGUAAUCUGUGUAAUCAUUUAAGUUAAACCAAGUUUUUGGCUUUUAAAAGAAAAAAUAAAUAAAUCUACCGAAUACUGCUGGCUUAAAAGUUAUACCAGGAGCUUGAGAAUCACAAAAUGUCUGAAUAUGGUCAUUGUGUAAAGCCUUAUACUGUACUGGCUAAUGGGAAACAAGAAGUUGGAAAAUUGCUUUGUGUCUGAAAUGGAUUCUCCAUUAAUUUGUAGAGUACUCUUGAUUCUUUUACUUACCGCAAAAACGCUAUGUUCAAUGUUGUUUUAAAAAACCCAUUUACAAUAAUGUUCUAUCUGCAGAAUUUAAAUUCAGUUCUUCCGGUCAUUCCCACACAUUGACUUCAUUCCAGCUGUUUAUUGUGCUUUCAAAUUGGUUGGAUCGUUUUUCUUUUUCAUAAUUGUAAAACAUUGGCAAUGUAGCCAUUGCUUUUGGAGGAUUUGCAGCUGCAGAAUGUAUUUUUUCCCAAAUGUUUUUGAAAUGUUACUGAAAUGUAGACAUGCUUGGAUGGGAGGACUGCAUAUUUAUAAAAGUAUAGAAUAUUGUAUCAUUGAAGUAUAUCAAAGCACAAUGUUUAAUUCACUUCUUUAACAAAUGUGAGGGAAGGGGGGAUGAUGUCUGUUGCUUUUUCUUUUUCUGACUAUGAUCAUGCUGUAAAUAGAUGCAUGCUUCUCUGUGAUCCAGUGCUUUUUUGUACAGAUGCAGACUAAUAAAGAUGACAUUUGGCUUGAAAA